UCCACCUUUUCUUCCCACGACAGCCUUCCUUCGGGGUCCUUCAUUCAUCUCUGGUGUGGAGGACCCAUAACCCCACUCCUUCAAAUCUAAUCUUUUAAUCAAGAAUAUUUGUGGGCCGGAGGAGGAAGCCUUGCGUGUGUUUUGGAGGGAGAACAUUAGUAGUAUCAUUUUUGGUGCUCCUUUGAUUCGUGACAAAAAGGAGCAGACAUUUGUUUUGAGAGUCAGGAGACGACAUGAGCUGCUUCCCAUGUUUUCAAAACAAGGACGACGACGAUGAGGAGGAGGAGGAUACCAAGAACAUUCCCGUUGCUCAGCCUAAGAAUUUCACCCCACAAUCCAACCCUCCUGCUGAUGUGAAUAAUAGCAAUGAUUUUAAAGAUCCAUUCGAAGAUAUCAGAAAUGAUGCAGAACUCGAAGAAGAUAAUAGCACCGUUAAAUCUUUCACCUUCCGCGAAAUCGCCACCGCCACCAAGAACUUCCGCCAGGAAUGCCUGUUGGGCGAAGGAGGGUUCGGGAAAGUAUUCAAGGGGACGAUCCAAUCCGGCGAGGUCGUUGCUGUAAGGCAACUUGAGAGGAACACCGGAGGCAAGGACUUCGUGUUCGAUAUCUCGAAUCUGAGUCUCCUUCGCCACCCGAAUCUAGUGAAGAUGGUCGGAUACUGUGGCGAAGGCGAGCAGAGGCAUAUGGUGUACGAGUACAUGCCGUCCGGUUCUUUGAAGAGCUUUUUAUUUGACCGUCAUGCUGGCCAGAAACCGUUGAAUUGGUCUGAGAGGAUGAAGAUUGCGCAUGGUAUUGCAGCUGGGCUCGAGUACCUGCACGAGAAGGCGGACCCCGCGGUCGUAUACCGCGACCUGAGAUCCUCGAACGUGCUCCUCACCGAGACCAAGAGCCCUAAGCUCUCUGAUUACGGGCUUGCCAAGAUCGUUGCGGGCGAAAACAAGAUGCAUAUGUCCGUGAUGACGGGUUUCAAUGGAUAUUGCGCCCCUGAAUUCGAGAAGAAUGGGGAGCUUACGAUUAAAUCCGAUGUUUAUAGCUUUGGAGUCGUGAUGCUCGAGCUCAUCACGGGGCGUAUGGCCUUGGAUACCUCGCUCCCACAGGAUGAGCAGAGCUUGGUUACUUGGGCACACCCGCUCUUCAAGGAUCCGUCCAAGUACUCUGAUAUGGCCGAUCCUCUCCUCCGGAAAGGGUUCCCGGUUACGGGGUUGAACCAAGCCAUCGGAAUGGCGGCCAUGUGCCUCCAGGAGGAGCCGAUAGCAAGGCCCUCGAUCAGCGACAUAUCAGCCGCUAUCAGCUUCCUCGCCAUGGCGCCUCCUCAGACACCUCUCCCCGAAGAAGAAGAAGAAGAAGAAGAAGCGGCUCCUGCCCCAUCAAAAGCCGGUGGAGACGGCCAUAAACAUGAGGAUAGUUCCUCAGAAAGCGAGGAGGAGGAAGAACAAAAGCAAGCCGAACCAAUAAAACACGAGCAAUCUGAUAAUAGCUCCGACGAGGAUUAUUCUGGCUCAGAGGCAAAGGCAGAGGCAGAGGCAGAGGCAGAGGCAGAGGCAGAGGCAGAGGCAGAGGCAGCAAAGCCGAGAGUGGAAAACAAGAAAGCGGGGAAGGUGGAAUCAAGAAGCAGUUAUUCGUCAUCAGAUGAUGACGAGUUGCCUCUCCCUCUUCCCAUUCAACAAUACCCCAAUUACGACCUCAACCUCGACCUCGACCAGUUUAGCUCGAGUAGUGAUGAAGAGAACUGGGAUGGCGGACAAGACGGCGUCCCCCACAACAACGAGGACCACUGAAAUGAAGCAACAAUAUGGAGAUUGCAUCUUAUCUUAUUCAUAAAUGGCUUUUUUGGGAGAUCAAGUAGGUGAAUCAUUUUUCAUCAAACACUUAUGUUCACCAUUGGAAGAUCCAAGAUAUCUUCAACCUAAAGAUGUCCACACACUUAUGUAUAGGGCAUUGAGGUAUAUGAUCAAGAGUCAACAUUUUUUCUCCUCUCCUUUUUUAAAGCUUUACUAGGUUUUUUUCAAGUGAAAUAUGCAAGUAAUUAUUUUUUAAGUACUAUUUUUAUUCCACUGUAUAAUGUGAAUCAUAAUAUGUGGAUUACCUUACAGUAGUAUGCU